AUGAAGGUGGAGGAGUUACCGAUUGGGGUCCCGAGAAUCCAAACCGCGCGGCGCGCGCCGCGGGCGGAGGACGCGGCGAUGGGUACGUUCGGAAACGGGGCGAGUCCGAGUGAGAGUGAGACCGUGGGGACGCCGGGAACAGGGAUGGAGGGGGCGCAGUGGAUUGAGCGCUCGCGGAUGAGACGAGAGCGUUCGGGGUUGAAGUCGCGGACGGAGUCGAGCGAGACGGACUCGGAGCGGAGCUCGGAGGGCGAUAACCUCACGCUGCGCUCGAUCGAGCCCAAACCCGUGAACGAAAGGGUGACAAAUGUUAAGGCGACCGCGCGGCGACACGACUCUAGGACGUCGGCCUACCGAGGCGUUUCCUUGCUGAGGCAGACAGGGAAGUUCCACGCGCAAAUCAACGUGCAGAGAAAGCAACUACAUCUCGGGUUCUUUUUCAGCGAAGAGGAAGCGGCCAGAGCGUACGAUCGCGCAGCGAUAUUCAAAGCAUCAGUUGAGGGCGGAGCGAUCUGCACGAACAUGGACAUCAACGAUUACAAGGAUGAGAUCCCCAUGCUUCAGUCGUUGACGCAGCGGGAACUGCUCGAGUUACUUCACAAGAUGAAAGUGAAGAGUAACGAGGCCUCGGCGCCAAAUUCCCCGAGGAAGGCUUCAAAGCCGAGGGCUAAGAGUUUGCAGCGCGAAUGUCGCACCAGUCACAGUGAACAUUCCGAGACGGAACACGUGACCAUAAGGGUGGAUGCCGCCGAACCGCCUUCCAGUCCUCGUUUUGAUGCGCUGAGCACCGCUGUGGGAUUUGUGGAGCAUAGUCGAGAGCUUAGCGUGGGGAGAAUCGCCGCAUCGGUUCAAAUCAUAAGUAAUACGUGUCCGACGGUCGUCGAUAUGCACGUCAGUAAGCGACGAAGAACGAGGAUUUGGCCGAGACAAGCGCCCGCAGCCGCUUAA